CCAGAUUUUCAAUCGGUUGCAGAAAGGCGGAGCUACCAGACUGACAUAAAUACCAUCGAGUCUGUUUUGUUUUCCCUAAUGGGAUCGAAAUCGGAAUUGGAUUAUCUGAAUCAUCCCAUGAUCGAAAACUUGUUAAACGCCCGGUUUUGGAUGCAGAUACAAAAUGACUACUGCUGUAGAAGAGCCUGAUCUGUUCAACGGGUUAGAGAUCACAGAGAUGGACGACAUUAACAUGGAAAACGGCGACGAGUACGUGUUCAUACCGUCGGACACUGAAAAUGAGGAAGAGCAACAAUUGCAGCAGCAACAACUGGCAGCUGUCGCUGGAUAUGAAGGUACCAGUGCACAACAGCAAGAGCCAGCCGAAGGUAGUGAUGAUCGAUGUUCCUCGAUCGUCAGUCAUUCGGUAUUUCAUCAGCUGACUAGCGCUGCCUUACUCGCCAUAACAAAUGAAAGGACGAAUGUUGAAGUAAUGGAGGAGGGUUCUGGAACUGAACAGAGAAAUAAUGAACCUAAUAUGGAAGCUUCAGAGCAACAGAUAAGAAUAAUAAAGCGCAUCGACCUCACCCAAGAAGCUGAGGAUCAGCAGGAGGAAAAUCACCGAUAUACGGUUAACUACGAUUCGAGUUUGGAUACCCAGAACUUGUUCAACGUUGAUCAAGAGGAACAAACUGUAACGGAGGGCGAGCAGGUUCAUAUAAAAGAAGAAAUUGAUAUUGAAGAUACCGUCGUCAAUUUACCAUCUGAUGACUAUGAAGAACGUUUGGAAACCAUCGACCUUGAUGACCAUGUAGUCGGAGGUGAAGUAGUAACACUGGAUUCCGAUGCCGUAGUAAGCGAAGAUGAAGAAGACUGUGUUUUAUUGUCUCUGAUUCAACUCAGCUCCGCCUCUAUUAAGCAAGAAAAGCCUGAAGAAGAUAUGACGCCACUAGAAAACGAUCAUUCUUAUACUUCCCAACCGUUGGAUGAGCAAAAAGCUCAGAAAGAAGCCGAUAGGUGCUGGCAAAGUUUCGUAGAUAUGUCUAAAACACUUAUGAAAGAAGUCAGUGUUCCAAUUAAUGAUGUAAACAACACAUUGGCGAGCAUAGAAACAAUUGAAGAUCAAAUUAAAAAUUUGAAGCAACGACUCCUCAAACAAAAGCAAGAAAGCCUAGUGUUAGAACAAGAAAAAACGGCAAUUACAGCAGAAAGGCAGGUUACAUCGGAAAUUCCACCAAAUUUAUCACCGGAAUCACCACCACCGCACGAAUCAACUAUUGAACAUGUUCAACAAUGCGUCGAUGAGGAAAAGCAAAUAACUCCCAACGAAGAACAACAACAAGAAUCUUUUGGUUGUGUUAAUACACAAUCAGUUUCUGGACAAGAAUCUGACAACGAUAAUCUUUCUGUUGAGUUAUCGGAAAACUGUUCAGAAAGAUUAGAGGGUCGGGAUGUAACAUCUGAACACAGCGAUAAAGUAGAAGCACCAGGAGAAUGUGACUUAAAUAUUGAGGAAGAAAUUACACAACUAAGUGCUGGAAACGGUGAUUCCGGAGCACAUUCUAAAGCUCCCUCGCCGGUAAACAUCGAAUCCAUAGAGCACAGAUUACCACCGGGAACGACGUCAUGUGAUCCAGAAAUUGAAGCUGUCGAACAGUUGAAGCAACCAUUUUCAGAAGCAAAUCCAGAAAAUAUGAUACAGGAAGAACCUGUUGAAUCUCUUGCCGUGAAAUGUUUCAAGGUUAACAAGUUGGAGGACCUCUUCGUAUAUGGGGAAGCAUUUACCGAGCAGUGUGAAAUUUGGUUUGAUAAACUGAACAACAAUCGGCUUCAACGAGACGAGGAAUCAGUUGAAGAUGUUCACACCGAGGAACAAAAACAGCAUAAGCGAAUGCAGGACUUUAUGGUAAAUUUAACGACAAAAAUUCGUCGUUUAUCUGCGAAGAUCGCAGUACCCCUUCCGGAUGAAUCGUGCGAGAAAAGUAAAAUUGAGGUCUCGGUACAAACUGAACGGAAACUUUCCCGAAGAAAAGCUAGGGCGUUGAAUGAAAAGUACAAACAAAAAUUAUUAGGUUCCUUAGAACAAGAGGCCGCUAGAGAUAGUGAUUCAUCUGGAAGUUCCUUUGCUUCCAAUAGAUCUAGCAGCAGUAAUGAAAAAUCAGAAAAUGUUGGUUAUAACGAAGAAGAUGAAAAUGAGGAUGCUUUCGAGAGAAGACAAAAUCGCAGAAAGGCAAGAAGAUUACAAACCGUUUCUGCAAAUUCUACAGAUUCGAGUGACGAGGAAUCGAAACCUUCAAAAAGCAAGAAACGAAAUAUACGGCGAUUGUCAAGCGUUGAUUCGACCAAGGAAGAACCCGCAGCUGGUGGCAGUGACUCGGACGAGGAUUUAUCAAAAUUUUUGAUUCCUAAAUCUCCUCAACCGUCUACGGUGCCCAGCAAUAUGGACGAAGAAAUUACCAUUGCAAAUGAACCAUUUUCCGAGGGCGAAUCAGAACCAAUAAGUCGGAAAACGAUCAUCCGUACAAGUAGCGUAGAUUAUAAUUCAGGGGAAGCCGGGGGCGAUAACAUCUCGGAUCGAAACGACCAAGAUGAAAAUGAGUUUGAAGAGUCUAUAUCAAUAAAACAAGAAUCGUCCAUAAAUAUUGGCAUUACGCAGUCAAAAUCCACUUUGGAGGAUGAAGUCCCUAGAACGCAUGAUGUUGUUUCUAAAGAAACUGAAGAGGCGGAUGAACCCGACGAUCAAUCCGACAGUGAGCUACUGGAUGAUGUUCUGCCACAAGUUGAUGAUAUUUUGCUGGAUGUUAAUGAUAUUCUACCAGCCGCUGAAGGGGUGGUACAGGAAUAUCUAGUCGAAGAAGAAGUUCGCACUGAACAGGAAAAUGAACAAUCUAAAAAUGUUGAGAUCUAUUCACCACAGAAGUCGUCGAAAAGAAGAGGUGGAAAACGACUCGAAAGUGACAAUGAUGGUGGUUCAGAAGACGAACUGGAAAAAGAAAAACAAAAGCCACCCGAAGAUAUGACUGAGUCUGAAUUAGAAGAAUAUUACGAUAAUCUGCGUGACAGAGAGAUCGAUAAGCUGUGUAAUCUUACCAAUCUGGAAGUGGCUAGAAAUACCAAUCCACAAAAACCACAGAUAGUUAAAAAGAAACCAGUAAUAGUGGAAAAGAAAAAGGAUCGUAUCGAAGAUAUACUCAAUAGCAGCGAGCUGCAUCACUAUUCUGGAGACAGUGAAAGUGAUGCAGAAGUUUUAGAAACAGAAGAGCAGUUCCUCCAUAAGUGUAAUGAAAAUAUGAAGAAUCAAAUGCUUAAUCAACUGAGUAGCAGUGAUACGGAUCCUGAUUCUGGAAGUGAGGAUAGUAUUCUAGAUGGUCUGAAACAGGAUCAAGCUUAUGAUACUGACGAUUCGGCUGGAUCAAUAUUGAUGGAGAAAUUUCUCAAAAGUCUCAACAAAGAUCAUUCUCCCAGCGAUGAAGAUGUCGAAGGUGAUCAUCUCACUGACGAUAAUAAAGAUGAUGUUGACAAGGACGACAAAGAAUCGAUUCCACUUAAUGACUCUGGUAGCGUUGACAAGUCGAAAGACAUCGAUGACUUUAUAGAUGAUUCCGAUUUACCAGCUGACGAAGAUAAGGAGGAAGUAAUGGAAAAACUUAAGCAGCGACUGAAGAAUGUUGAGCAAUCGAAAAGUUCCAGCGCGCCCUCUACGAAGGAAAAAACCAAAGAAAAAUCUAGCACUGCUUCUAACAAACUGGCUACGCUUGAUCCUAUCGACAAACAGCUAUUUAGUAAAAAAAUGUUCCGCGAAGUGGACGAAACCCUCCGAAAAGAUCGUGACUCCGAGCGUUAUGGUAAAGAAAACGGAUCAAUAACGGAUCGCUCCGAACGUAUGGCUACUGACGAUUCUGACGUUGAGCUUUUAGAUGUUUCCAUGUUUCAACCAAAAAGGAAAACAAAAGAAACAAAACUGGAAGAUUUCGAUUUCAGUGCCACAACCGCUAAACGCGCUACUCCACAGAUGAAGAAAAAAGACUCUAAAGAUGAUGAUUGCAUAAGUUUGAGUUCUGAAAGUGAUGCAGAUGUAACGGAAACUGACACCAAACCCACAAGUGGCACUGCAGAAAACGAUGAUAAAGAAAACAAGUCGCGCAAAAUAAGAGCGAUGCUGACACAGGAUCAAUUGGCAGAUGAAACAAAAACUGCUCAAAAGGAUGAAGAACAACGUUUAUCACGAUUGAAAAGAAAGAACGAGCAACUAAAACGAAUCAUGACAACUUUCAAACCCGGACAGGAUGAAAGUAAUUUGGUGCUUGAUUACGAUUCUAAAGCUGGGAGAGUUAUUUGUGUCCAUCCAGAUAUUGUUAAACAGCUCAAACCACAUCAACGUGAUGGUAUAAGGUUUAUGUAUGAUAACACUUACGGCAGUGUGGACCACAUUAGUAAAAGUUCGGGAUCCGGAUGCAUUCUCGCUCACUGCAUGGGUCUUGGAAAAACUCUCCAGCUGAUCACUCUGCUGCACACAGUGAUGCGGUAUCCGCAGCUGAAAACAAAAAGAGUCCUUGUCAUAUGUCCCAAAAGUACGGUCAUGAACUGGAGUGAUGAAAUUCAGCACUGGUUGGGAUCUUUGAAAAGUGGGCCCCGUUUGAAGGUAUUUUUCUUCCCGGAUAACAGUGAUGUUAAUGACAAGCUGAAGGUCCUCCACGAAUGGUAUCAAUCGACGGCUAGUCGUUGUGGAUGUAUGUUGAUAGGAUACGAAGCUUUCCGAAUAUUGGUUAACUAUGAGAAACGUAAACGUACUCCGUCAAACAUCCUAGCUGCCAAAGCUGCUUAUGUCAAGAAACGUGUAGAUGAAUAUUUGCUUGACCCUGGUGCAGAUUUAGUUAUCUGUGAUGAAGGCCAUCAAAUCAAAAAUAAGAAAUCAGCCAUUAGUGGAGCAGUAUCACAGAUUAAAACCAAACGACGCAUAGUUCUAACUGGUACUCCCAUUCAGAACAAUCUCAAAGAAUACUACUGUAUGGUUAAUUUUAUAAAACCAUCAUUUCUGGGAAGCGAUCGCGAGUUCAACAAUCUUUACGCGAAUCCCAUCAAAAACGGACAACAUAAAGAUUCCGAUAGUCGGGCAAUCAAAAUUAUGAAGCAGCGCUCGUAUGUAUUGCACAAUAAGCUGUCUCGGUUUGUUCAGCGAAGGGAAGCCGGAGUCCUGAAGGAGUUUUUGCCAGAAAAGUUUGAGUAUGUGUUGUUCGUUCCACUAACUCCAGUACAAGAAAAAAUGUACGAGGUUUUCCUACAGAUGAAUGAAUAUACUACUCCAACUGGGGAAUCUUUGGGAAGUGAAAAUGCACGAGGAAAAAAAUUCAAGUUAUUGGCGGAUUACACUUCGCUUAGAAAAAUUUGGACGCACCCAAAGGUCCUCGAAAAGGCUUGGGAGACAGCGGUGCAAGAGAAAAACAAACGUGAUGCACGUUUCCGUCACACUUCUACGCCAGAUUCGGAUGAUGAUCGACCAGACGAUUACAAUGAUAUUGCAUCUGGCGCUCUGUCGGUAACGAACGACUGGUGGCGUCGUCAUUUGGAAGCUAACGAUCUGGAAUCAUUGUAUCCGAGCAAUAAACUACGAUUGAUGUUUGAAAUAUUAAAACAGUGCCAAGAGCGAGGAGAAAAAUGUUUAAUUUUUUCUGCUUUCGUCGCUGUGUUGAAUGUAGUAGAGCAUUUCAUGGCCAAAAUACAUACCAAGGAAAACGACCCAAUGACAGACGCUUACGGAUACAAUACUUACAAAGGUCCCUGGGAGCCCGGAAAGGAUUACUAUCGUUUGGAUGGCAAAACUCAGAAAAACAUUCGGCACAAAAUGAUAACUUCGUUCAAUGAUCCAUCAAAUAAGCGGACAAAAUGUUUCUUAAUAUCGGCCAAAGCGGGUGGUCAAGGUAUCAAUCUAAUUGGAGCUAAUAGGGUUAUCAUUUUGGAUACAUCGUGGAAUCCUUCAAACGAUCAGCAGAAUAUUUUUCGAAUAUUCCGAUUGGGGCAAAAACGAAAAUGCUAUGUUUAUCGACUGCUCGCCAUGGGAACCAUGGAAGAAAAGGUAUACUCUCGAUCGGUUACCAAACAAGCAAUGAGUUUUCGAGUGGUAGACGAACAGCAAAUCGAUAGGCACUACAGCUUUUCAGAGCUGGCAGAGCUGUAUAAUCUGGCAAAGGUUGCUGAUCAGGUUCGAGAAACGCCCAUUCUUCCGGCAGAUGAUGUACUGGCAAGUUUAUUACGAAAUUUCCCCGAUUGUUGUUUUAAAUAUCACGAGCAUGAUUCUUUGCUGGAAAACAAACCGGAACAAGAUCUAAGCGAAGAAGAUAAAAAAGAGGCAUGGGCAGCUUACGAACGAGAAAUUCAAAACAACGAAAAGCCUUCGUAUCUUGGAAAUAUGGGUAUGAUGCCCAAUUUUUUGGGUACUACUGGUUUCCCUGGUGCAACACCGGGAACAGGUAUUGGGCAGUAUCCACCGCUGAAUUAUGCAGGUAUUUCAGGAGCAUUAGCAGACAUGUAUAGAAGCGACUUCGGGUAUGGAAUGAAUCGAUUAAUGUACCCUUACAAUAAUCAGUCAUACCCAUUGAUGAAUGAUCCCAGCUAUUCCUCUAUAAUGGGAAAAACGCCUUACCCCAGCUAUAGCAUACCUGGAUCUUCUAGCAGUUUACCUGAUUAUGGACUAUCAGCAGCCAUAAAUGGUCAAGGUCCAGGGGCCACAACGAGUUACAAUUCGACAGUUGCUUUGCAAAGUUUGUUAGAUUUGUACGCCAAAUCUAUGUCCACCGGUAUGAGUUCCAGUACAAUAACUACCGCAAUGGCAACUUCUACAUCUCAAAGUACAUCAACCACAUCUGCUGGUAUGUCACCUUUUGGCGCGCUCAGUUCGCUGAAACAUUUCAAUGGCUAUCCUCCUAUUUCACCUAGCACUGCUCCAAUUCCACAUUCCUCUCCACAACUUCCGCCAACAACUAAUACAACUACUUCUGGGAAUGCGGCUCUUAUUAAUAUGCUCAACGAGCAACCUAUGCCUAUGUCCUCUCCUGUGUCGUCCGGUCCCUUUUCUCAUUUAAAUUCUCCACUCCCAGCUCCAUCAUUGUCGAUUCCUCCGCGAAGUUCUACGCUUGCUACGACAACAAUUGCACCAGCUAUGCCAACUCCACCUCCAACAGCACUGACUACCGCAACGUCCAAGAGUGCUGCUACCCCACCAAUAGUACCGGUAGCGAUCAGCAGCAGUCUAGUACCACCGGUGCUUACGAAUCUACUUCCUCCUUCGGUUGCAAAACCGACGACUUUGGAAAAGGCACCUUCAGCAGCUGGUACAACAAAAAACAAAGAUCCUAAAGCGGUGCCCUUGACGACAACUGUAGUGGCCAGUGACGAUGACGAUGUUGACGAUGAUGGAAUACCACGUCCACACAUUAUUGUGCGAGAUCCCACUUCGAUCAAUGCUAGUUCAUCCAAGCAGCAAGAAAAGGAUAAGGUCGUGAAGAAAAUUAACAUGGGGAUAGUUUAUCCGGAGGAGAAGAAAAAAGAUCAAUCCAAAGAUAUACUACUUAGUGCAAAAUCUAUCACUACUCUUGCGAAACCUACAAUAGCAGUGAAAAGCAUGGAAAGUAUGCAAUCCCGUGCGCAUAUGGCCGGUAGAACACCGAAACCUUCACAACUGGGAAUUCGCCCAGGUAUGGUCAGUGGCAGCAAAACAAUUCGGUCUUCACCAAUACAAACCCCGCACCCGAUGGUUUCCAAACAGCCUCAAUUGAUGCGACAGAAUUCUUCACUAACGGGUCUCCGUAGCUUACCUAGCAGUCCACUUACGACCAUGGCCAAUGCAAAGCAGCCAAUAAAUCAACCGCGCCAACAACAAGUUCCUGUUAUCACAAGCGCCAAAUCUCUACAAUUAUCUUCACCCGCAAACACAACAAGUACGAUGAAUCCUGUACAGAGGAUUUCCAACCUUUCUGCAACAUCUUCCCCUGCCACACCAACAGGCCAGCCUACAACUGGUAUUUCUCGAGGAUCCAUAGCUGCCCAGCAGCUCCGUGAACUGCAAAAACAAAUUAAUACCGGCAAUGUUAACAGCACCAGCUCAACAAAUUCCUCACCAGCGGGUAACGUGCUCAUAUCUAAAUCUAAUAAAAAAUCCAUAAUAACAGCGGCGGGCAGUAGGCCUAUGGGUACCGUACAACCAGUAGGAAUAUUUUCUUCACAAAGCGCUGUCGCUGCUUCUCAGACUGCUCAACAAACGAAAUUUGCCAAAAUGCCCGUCACGGCCCAAACACUAAUGCAGGGUUCACCUGUCAAUCGGCCAGGCAAUACCAGUAAAGCCUCCCUUUCAGACAGUGUCAGUAUCACCAAAAUAACAAGUAGUGGUCAGCGGAUAGCAGUUAGUGCAGCUUCUGUGCAAGGUACUCCAAGCGUUGCGCCAAAUAUCAACAGUCCGUUAUCCAAUCCAGCAUUAAAUCGCCGCCAAGAUCUCAUUAUCACCAAAUCCACUACUAGUAGUCCUGCGACAUCGGCGUUGACAAUGCGAAAAGCUCCACUCGGAUCAACUAUGAUAAUGAAGCCCACUUCGGGUGCUACGGUUUCCCCGGGGCUAAAAAAGAAUUUUUCAACUCCCUCACCAUUGAUAAGGAAAACCAUAACGGGCGCUGUACCAGGUCCAACUAUAACCAGCAUUAGCGGAGGUGCGACAUUGGGUCGGUUACCAACAACUACUCCUGGAACAUCCCCCAACAGUAUAACCGUAAGGAAGCGAAAGGCUGAACCGACCCUGAUCGACAGUUUAAAGGCGAAAAACAAUUCUAUUACCAUCAGUGAGGUGCGAUCGAUUUAUAAUCCACCUGCGGCCAAAAAGCCCAACACAGGAUCUCCAGUUCCACCACAAAAGAGACUAGGCAGCGGUAUAACUAUAACGCCAAGAAAAAUUGCACCAGCACCAACAUCACAACAACAUAACGUUUUGGAAGUGGUAGAAAUCGAAUGAGAGCUCCUUAAGGCGAAAGACAUCGGUAACAUUUCUGAAGCGAAAACAAAGGUCACUACGACGAACCCGGAUUGAGUAAAUCUCCUCCAUUGAUUCGUUGUGGAACUUAAUAUCUGCAUCACUGUGUGUGAUUUACGUGCGCAUGUAUUUUGCAACUCGUGUAAUGAAAUGGUAUUAACUAUUUUUGAAUCACAAAAGCUGUGGAAAACAAUAUCUUUGGUAGCUACCUGCUAAAAAAAGUUUUAUUCCGCAAUAUUUGAAAACAAAAGGAGAGGCAAUCGCACAAAUCAGAGUACGGAGUAAGUUAUGCAUAGUGGGUAAUUUUCCUGCAUAAUGUCCAUGCAUUGGCCAUAGAAUGUAUUUUUUUGUUGAAAACAAAUCUUUUUUUAUACACGAAUCGUAAAACAGGAAACUUUUAAAAAGAGGUACAUAGUUUGUUUUUUUCCAAUACAAGCAUAUAUUUUAUAGGGUUGGUUUUGAAACUAUUUAUUUGGUAGAGCAAGUAACAACAAAACGAUUUCCUUAUAUCAAUAUUUUGACUGCUGGGCGGAUCAAUUCGUCAAUAGUGCUUCAAGGCUGGGCUCGAAUUUGCACUUGAAAUUCAUAUUUGAAAGAGCAAUUCUAUCAAAUAUUUUUUUUAGAAAAUUGACAUUGACAUUAACGCCAUCUUUGCUCAUACUAGGAUUCGAAAUGCAUAACUUUGAGUUCAGCCCUGGAGAAAAAAAUGUAAAUAGUCAGAGAGAGUACUAUACCAGUCAGUUUAAGUGGCAAUAAUUUAAAUCUUGUAAAUAUUUUAAUGUUAAUGGCAUUUGUGAUCCUAUGCGUAGUAAUAAUAAUAAUAUUAAAAAAAUACAUCUUAAA